AUGGAGAAGUCCAGCAGUGAGGAGUCAGCCAUUCACCGUAGCCCCUCAGUAGACAGCCGCGACUCCGACUUCGCCCAAGCCUCCACGUCUGGCCGCCCCUUCGGUGGCCGGGGGUUCACCGCCGGUGCUUUCUACGGCUCCACGGGCUCGCGCAACAAAAACGCACAGCAGGGACAGGCUGGAGCGGCAGCUGAAGCCAGCGCCGGGGACAAGUCCAACGCCAAGCCGAGCACGCCCAAGGGCAGCAAAUACGUGGUGUUUUACCUGGAUCUAUCCUUUGUGUUCCUUCUAGAAUUCAAGAAGUGCAACAUGGCACGAGGCUGCCUCUGCUGCCUGAAGUAUAUGAUGUUCGUCUUCAAUCUCAUCUUCUGGUUGUGCGGCUGCGGGCUGCUCGGCGUGGGCAUCUGGCUCUCCGUGUCUCAGGGCAGCUUCGCCACCUUCUCGCCCUCCUUCCCGGCGCUGUCGGCCGCCAACAUGGUCAUCGCCAUCGGCGCCAUCGUCAUGGUAACGGGCUUCCUUGGUUGCCUGGGCGCCAUCAAGGAGAACAAGUGCCUGCUUCUGAGCUUCUUCAUUGUCCUGCUGAUAAUUCUCCUGGCAGAGCUGAUAUUGCUCAUCCUGUUCUUUGUGUACUCAGAUAAGGUGAGUGAGAAUGCAAAGCAGGACCUGAAGGACGGCCUGGCUCUCUACAACUCCGAUAACAACAUAGGCCUGCGGAACGCCUGGAACAUCAUCCAGGCAGAGUGGAAGUGCUGCGGUGUGAUAGCGUACACCGACUGGCACGACGCCCUGCAGGAGAAGGUGGUUCCUGACCGCUGCUGUCAGGAGCAUUACCAGAACUGUGGACAGAACUCCACCAACAACUUCUGGGACAGGGGCUGCUUCGAGAAAGUGGAGGAAUGGCUGGAUGAGAACAAGCACCUGCUGGGAACUAUAGGCAUGGUCAUCUUGGUGCUGCAGCUGCUGGGCAUGGCCUUCUCCAUGACGCUGUUCCACCACAUCCACCGGACGGGGAAGAAGUACGACGCUUAGCCACCGGGGGCGCCGACAACCCAGCGGAGAGGAGCCCCACUGCCUGAUGGGAUAUGACUCUGAU